AUGUUUCGUUGGUAUAUUGAAGAAUCUAGGGCAAUCAACGUGUUUGCAGCGAACAAGCUGAGAAAACGGUCAGACUUUAUGGCUCCUUCCGGAUCGCGCCGUUCUUCUUCAUGUCCAAAUGUGCAGCUGGAGGAAGCCGUCGAAUACGUGCAGAAUGUCAAGGACACUUUGAGAUUGAUGAAUGACGAAGGAGCUUUUCAAAAGUUCCUGAAGAUCAUGGACGGCUUCAAGAAAGGACAGUUGGAUAUCACCGAUGUUAUAGUACGGGUCAAGUCUAUCUUCAGUCACUAUCCUCAUUUGAUUCUUGGGUUCAGAAGAUUCCUUCCGGAAAGUACUCAAUUUCUGAUCAGUGUGGCAGCAGCACCUGCAGCCUGA